CGGAACCGCGGAGCCUGUGGUCUCGUCGCUCUCUCCUGUUCUUUUCAGUCUCUGCCCGCGCUGCGUCCGACCGGGUACCCCCCUGUCCUUGCAGUGCGAGCCGUCUCCUGUCUUGACUUUCCUCCCCGUUCCGUGCAGCCCCGGCGGUAGCUGCGAUGCGCCUCAUCCAGAACAUGUGUACCAUCGCAGAGUACCCCGCCCCGGGCAGCACCGCUGCCGACUGCUGCCUGGGGGCUGCGGGCCGCCGGCUCGUCAAGAUCGCCGUGGUGGGGGCCAGCGGUGUGGGCAAGACCGCUUUGGUGGUCCGGUUCCUCACCAAACGAUUCAUCGGGGACUACGAACGAAAUGCAGGUAAUCUCUACACAAGACAAGUUCACAUAGAAGGAGAAACCCUGGCCAUUCAGGUCCAGGACACUCCGGGCAUCCAGGUGCACGAGAACGGCUUGAGCUUCAGUGAGCAGUUGAAUCGCUGCAUUCGCUGGGCCGAUGCCGUCGUCCUCGUUUUCUCCAUCACAGACCACAAGAGCUACGAACUCAUUAGCCAGCUCCACCAGCAUGUGCAACAGCUUCACCCUGGCACUCGGCUGCCUGUGGUGGUAGUGGCCAACAAAGCUGACCUCUUACACGUCAAGCAGGUUGACCCUCAGCUUGGCCUGCAACUGGCCAGCAUGCUCGGCUGCUCCUUCUAUGAAGUAUCCGUCAGUGAAAAUUACAACGAUGUCUACAAUGCUUUCCAUGUCCUGUGCAAAGAGGUGAACCCCAAACAGCAGCCCAGCGGCACCCCCGAGAAACGCAGAACCUCCCUCAUCCCCAGACCCAAGUCGCCCAACAUGCAAGACCUGAAGAGGAGGUUUAAGCAAGCUCUGUCUGCCAAAGUGAGGACUGUCACGUCUGUCUGAGGUGUGACUCCUGGAGGGGGUUUGGUCUUCUGGGCAGAGGGCCCAAGGUUCUUCUGAGAUGGGACCAUUGCAGGCUGAUGGCAGUUACGGUUCCAGAAAGAGCAGCGGCAGAGGGGCCUGAGGGGCCUUUGGAAUUCUACAACAAAGGAAGUGAGGGCAGAUGGACGAAUAUGAGACUGAUCUGCUUAGUCCUCUGAGUGGGGAUGGAGCAUGCUUUUGUUCCUCACUGUCUUAUAAGUGAUGGUCAGGUGCACCAAAAACGUGAAUGUGGAUUGGGGUGGGGAGGGGAACACAGAGGACACUCACGGGCUUUCGCUUCCUCCUUCACUGUUUUCUCCCCAAGGGGAGGGUUUGUUUUUCUCAGUGACUCCAACAUGUUCUCUUUACAGGAUACCUUUCUGACUUGAAGGAUAUCCAGGUUUCUUUAAGAACAAGGAGGGACUCUCUCCACCCUAUAAAGGUCAAGUUUUAGAUCAAAAUAUUCCGUGUACAGACACCUGUGAGCUGUGGUCUGUAGGAAGGUGCUGGAUCUCCUGACACAGGCUGGGCACCGGGGUUGAGUAGGUAUGAAAAAACUCACCCUGGGCUGCCCAACGUGAUGAUGUAUAGUUGUGUGUGUGUGUGUGUGUGUGUGGUUUUUUAUUUUUUCUUUAAACUGUGGCAUCAGGUAUAGAAAAAAGUGUUAAUUGAUGGUGGUGUGGUUUGUGUAAAUGACCCAUGGCAAUGACGUUGGGUUGCCUCCCGGGCCUGGCUGAGUCGUGGCUAUGGGUGACUGAGAUACUGAGAUGCUGUCUUCAAGAGUGACCAGAUGCUGGGCGACCUGCCCAAUCCCCUACACAGAUGCACUUUAAGAAGCCGUUUAUGCUUUGGCUCAAACUGUAAUUAAUUUAUUUUAUGUACAAUAAAUCUCUCAUUUGAUAAGAGCA